AUGGCCUCGACUCUCCUCCCCAGUCUUCCCCAGGACAUCACCACCGAUUGGCUCUCUCCCAAGAUCGGCGUUAAAAAUGCCACGCUCAAGCUCAACGACACUAUUGGCGGGACAGCCACGUUGGUCCUGAUGACAGCCACGCCUGAACAAGCAGACGGUGAUGAGACCAUCCUCAAGCCCUUGCGCGUCUGCAUCAAGGGUGGCUUCAACCCUGCCAUGCUGGCUCAGUUCCCAUUCAUACUGUCACUUUACAACCGCGAGGUCGACUUUUACAACAAUUUGGGCCCUCAGGUGCCCCAUCUCAAUAUCCCGCGCAAAUUGUGGGCCGAGAAAAGUGACAACAACGCCAUCCUUAUUAUGGAGGACCUUGCUGCCGCAAACUUUUCCUUCGCCGAUCCUGUCGAUACCUGGCCGGUCGAUCGCGUCAAGAAGACUGUGGAGCACUUUGCCGCUUUACAUGCCGCGACAUGGGGUGUCGAAGCAUCUACCGUUCCUUGGCUCGACAGCCACUAUGAGACUUCGGUGCUUGGCCUUUGCAGUAUGUGGGAUGCUAUUGUUCUUGGUGAAGACCGUCCCCCAAUUCCUGAACACAUGAAAGACCAGAAGCGCAUGACUGCCGUCAUCACCAAGUGGUUCGCUACCAGAAACCCCAAGUUCCAAUGCAUUCUUCAUGGUGAUGCUCAUCUGGGCAACAUGGCCUGGUCUGAGGAGCAAGAUACUCCGGUGCUUGUCGAUUGGCAAAUCGUCCACAUUGGAUCAUGCUUUACUGACAUUGUCUACUUUAUCAUGUCGGCUCUUACAGUCGAAGAUCGUCGUGCCCAUGAGAUAGAGGUGUUGGACCACUACCUCGCCAAGCUGCACGAAUUCGGUGGACCAAAGCUGUCCAGCGACGAUCCCGAAGUCAUGAUCGAGUACCGCAAGUCUCUGAUGGCGGGUUACUCCUGGGUUCUGUGCCCCUAUACUAUGCAGACCAAGGAGCGAGUUAAAGCUAUUGUGGCGCGUUUGGUGCCGGCCAUGGAAGACCACAAGACGAUUGAGCUGUUGGAGAAAGAGUAG